UUUCUCUCGCUGUGGUGACACACUGCUAGUCUGCAGAGAGACGGAGGCAGCAGGGAAGAGAGAAGGGGAAGGAGACGAGUGAAAGCAAGACGAGGCCCAGCCCAUCUUGCCAUUGAUCUUGAGGCGAUCAAGGGGAAUCUACACAGAAGAGGACACACCGAAACAUAUACAAGGAUGGAUCCCGACAUAUCAAACCUGGAAUUUUAACAUCUGGGCUUCUCAGACGUCUCCCUAUGCAGGAUAUGGAUCCGACUGACCAGUCAGAAAAUGGAAAACUGAUCUGAGACAGGAGAGACUUCAAAUCCUCCCACGAGCUGGAUCUGGAUUAUUGAUUGUUUCAUUCAUGUUGGAUCAGGGUUACAACUGGGAAAUGUCAUGUGGACAAUACUGCAAGUUGGAUAAACAUUUUGGAAAACUUGGGAAACGGUUUUCUUCAGCAGUGACAUCAUGAACACGGACCAGGAUAUCCCAUUGGCUCGUCUGGCCAAAGCAAGACGGCAUGUGGACGGACUUAUUUUUUUUCCCCAGAAACUUGUAGCUUACACUAAAAUGGAGUGAGAAUAUACAUUUUUCUUACAUCUUUGGCUUGUUGACAAAAACAAUCGAUCAAAACAAAGGUCGUCCGCCUCAGACUGAGCCUGGAGCCUCUGAGGGGCUUUUAAAUGCACCUUUAGCGUUUAACGGCAGGUUGGACGCCCGGUUUCAGCCAUCUGAAGACUGAGGUGCAGACAGAGCGGGAGCGAGGCGGUUGGCUGGCUGAGUCAGCUCCAAUGGGGGCCGGUUGUGACCCGGUCUGACCCCGGUUUGACCUUGCAGUGACCUUUGACCUCUCCGGUCCUGGCUCUCCACCUGCUCUGCUGCCUGGGUUCCGGAACGCUCCGCCCUGGGGCCCAGAACGAGCCAAUCAGGAUGAAGAAAAGCCGCAGCGUGCUGUCUGUGACUGGAGAAGAGGGUAAGGACACAGAUAUAACAGGUGCUGGGGAGAAGGCGGAGUCAUCUCGCUACAGCCGAUCUUAUACGUCUGGGGCCACACUAGGGGCUGAGUUACGCAGAGGGAGGAGCAGGAGACUCUCAUCUAGUCUCCAGGUACCCUGCUGGCUCCGCCCUCGAGACCGCACUCGUUCACCUGAGGUCCUGAGCAACGUGUCCCGUCCAACAACUCUUCCCCUCCGCAUCCCGCCACGCAUUUCCAUCACACAAGCAGACGCUGACGGUUACGAAGCAGAAAAUGGCGUGUCACCAGGUCACACCCCGCUGGGGUCACAGAGUCCAGGCCUCACCCUGCACACAUCCUUUCCCCAGGGUCAAAGAAGAGAGUCCUUCCUCUACCGCUCAGACUCGGACUACGACAUGUCGCCCAAGACGGUCUCGCGUAACUCCUCCCUCGCCAGCGAAGGGCACACAGGAGAGGACUUCAUUGUCACACCUUUCGCUCAAGUAUUGGCCAGUCUGCGAUCAGUACGAAGCAACUUCACCAUUCUUGCCAAUGUCUCCACACCACCAAUCAAGAGGUCUCCUCUGGGUGGAGUGUGUGUCAGUCCCAGGGCGUCCCUAUCAGACCAGCAGUACCAGCAGCUCGCCCUGGACACACUGGAGGAGCUGGACUGGUGUUUGGACCAGCUGGAGACCAUUCAGACACACCGCUCUGUCAGCGAAAUGGCCUCCAACAAGUUUAAGAGGAUGCUGAACAGAGAGCUGUCCCACCUGUCAGAGAUGAGUCGCUCUGGUAACCAGGUGUCUGAAUACAUCUCCAGCACCUUCAUGGACAAGCAGAACGAGGUGGAAAUCCCGUCUCCGACACUGAAAGACAAACCGAUGAGUCACAUCAGCGGAGUGAGGAAACUGUCUCACAGCUCCAGCCUCUCCAGCUCCUCUAUGCCUCGCUUCGGCGUCAACACGGACCACGAGGACGAGCUCGCCAAGGAGUUGGAGGAUCUGGACAAGUGGAGUUUUAACAUAUUUAGAGUAGCAGAGUUCGCCAACAACAGACCUCUCAGCUGCAUCAUGUACACCAUCUUCCAGGAGCGAGAGCUGUUGAAGACGUUCCGUAUUCCCGUCGACACAUUCGUCACUUAUGUGAUGACCCUGGAGGACCAUUAUCACGGAAAUGUAGCGUACCACAACAGCCUUCAUGCUGCAGACGUCACCCAGUCCACACAUGUCCUCCUGUCCACACCGGCUCUAGAUGCUGUCUUCACUGACCUGGAGAUCCUCGCCGCUCUGUUCGCUGCAGCAAUCCACGAUGUCGACCACCCCGGAGUUUCCAAUCAGUUUCUCAUCAAUACCAACUCGGAGCUGGCUCUCAUGUAUAACGAUGAGUCAGUUCUGGAGAACCACCACCUCGCUGUGGGCUUCAAGCUUCUGCACCAGGAAAACUGUGACAUCUUCCAGAACCUCACCAAGAGACAGCGCCAGAGCCUUCGCAAGCUUGUCAUCGAUAUGGUGUUGGCCACAGACAUGUCCAAACACAUGACCCUGCUGGCAGACCUGAAGACCAUGGUGGAGACCAAGAAGGUGACCAGCUCUGGAGUGCUGCUCCUCGACCACUACACAGAACGGAUACAGGUGCUGAGGAACAUGGUGCACUGUGCAGACCUGAGCAACCCCACCAAGAAGCUGCCAUUAUACAGACAGUGGACGGAGAGGAUCAUGGAGGAGUUCUUCCGUCAGGGUGACAAAGAGCGAGAGAGAGGGAUGGAGAUCAGCGCCAUGUGUGACAAACACACCGCUUCCGUGGAGAAGAGUCAGGUGGGUUUCAUCGACUACAUCGUCCACCCGCUGUGGGAGACGUGGGCUGACCUAGUGCACCCGGACGCCCAGGAGCUGCUGGACACGCUGGAGGAGAACAGGGAGUGGUAUCUCAACACCAUGCCCCAGUCUCCUUCACCUCCUCCAGACAGACAUCUGCAGCAUGAUCGCUUCCAGUUUGAACUCACCCUGGAGGACCUGGAGCACAACAACCACAACCACAUACACCUGAGGAACAACGGCAAAGACAUCUGUGAUGACGACGACGCAGAAGAACGGACGCAUGACGAUGUAGAGACUGAGAAAGAAGACGAGGAAAAUCACAACAGCGAACACAACGGAGUCCAGGAUGAGGAAGAGGAGGAGGAGGAGGAGACUGGAGAAAGAGAGGGAGAAGAAGAGGAGGAGCAAGUAGAAGAAGACGGAGGUGAAGUGAACAAUGCAGCAGGUGAUGAGGACGAGACUAAAGAAGAGGAGGAAGAAAAUGAGCAAAAUCAGGAAGGAGAACAAGAGCAGGGAGAGGAAGAGGGAGGCGAGGAUGGUGCAGAAAAUGAGGAGGCAAACACAGAGGAAGGAGGUGAAGAACAUUUGGAAAAUGAAGAGGGGGGAAAAGAUGGUGAGGGGGAAGAGGAAAUGGAAAAUGAGGAAGCAGCGGUGGAGGAAGAGGUGGAGGAGAAAGAAGAAGAGGAGAAGGAGGCAGCAGAGAUGGAAGAAAGUGUAGAACAAGAGGGAGGCGAGACGGAGGAGAAUGUGGAGGAGGCAGAAAUAGAGGACAAGGUUGAGGAAGAGGUUGGAGAAACAGAAGACAUUGAAGAGGAGAAAGAAGAAGAGUUAGAGGAAGAAGAAGAAAAGGAGGCGCCAGCUGAGGAUGAAGCUGGAGAGGAGGAAGACGAGGAAGAGGAAAGUUAGUUGGGUGCAAAGACAUAAAAUGACAGGGUCAGUGAAGAAAGCUUAACGAGAGAUAAAGUACGCAAAUGGAGCUGGAAGGCUUCGACAGUUAGCAGGAGGACUGUCAUGGAGGAGGACGAAGAGCUGAAGAUGCACUUCUCUCCAGAUGACGCGCUCUGACCACUUUAUCAUGUGACGCUCUCAGCAGGAGACGUCACAAACAAACUCACAGACGGACAGCAGUACAACAGCACCGGACACAAUAAGAAAAAACUUCCGCCGGAGCGUAAUGCCUUCCCGAACAGCCAGAUUGUUGCAGCGUCUUGAUCAACUGGUAGUGAUAGAAAGACUUGACGUCUUCAUCACCGAGUAUCUGUACAUCCAUCACUGCCGUAGGAAAUAAAAUAUGGGGUAAUAAAAGGGGGGAACCUGUUUUAUCGACCUUUUGUAGCUCCUGAAAAUCUAAAAAGAAACAAAAAAAAACUGAAAUGCGUACAUGCAAAUAAGUGCGUGCCUGUUCUCCCCAUCUCA